CUGUUGGGGGCUGGGCAGGGGCAGCUGCCCAGAGGCAGAGAACCCAGCGAAGCCCCAGGUAAUCUUGUGGGGUUGGAGAGACUGAGCUCUGGGGGCUUGGGAGCUGUGGAGGCAGUGGGAUCUGAGGGCAGAGAUCCCUGAGAGGGAGCAGGCCAGAGAGGCAGAAGGUGCGUAUGGAGCAGAGCUGGGUCUUCGGCAGUUUCAUGGUGCCAGGGAGAGUUGAGAGCCUGCCAGGAGGAACAGCCCUAAAAAUGCCAGUCUCUCUGCUUAGACUUUGAGUGGCCGGCCCUCUCCGCUGCCCCCUGGAGGGAGACACUGUCCCGGCCUCCCCGGUCUGUCAUGUCACACACAUCGCCUGACUCUGCGUCUAGUCGCUACAUACCCUGAUAAAUGGGACAGAAAGGAAAGAGUGAGAGACCCAUGGAAGAUUAAGAUGCUGGAGUUGGCAGACAUAGAGUUUAAAAUAACUGAUUAACAUUGAAGCAGGUAAAAUGGAGAGUUUCACAGAGAAUUAGAAUUCAUAAAAGAUUGAAAAUUCUAAAAGAGAAGAGUACAGUAGCAAAUUUAAAAUUCAAUUAGGUGGAUUUAAAAGUAGAUGAGAGACAGGUGAAGAAAGGACCAGUGAACUGGAAGAUAAAUCAGUAGAAAAUCUCUCUGUAGACCCUGCCAUGACUGGCCGCUACUACCCACACUGUCUUGGACUCUGAACCCUUCUGGAGACCCGUUGGAUUGGGGAGAGCCUGCUGAGGAGGCGUUCUGUGCUUGGGAGAGACUGAGGGGGCUUGGACAUUCAGGGGACGCUCUUCACUCUGCCUUGUUGGAAAUGGUACUAGCUCACUGGGCGUCUAGUCAGUGGAGCCCCGUGACUCUCGUUAAAUCUCUCAGGGCCUCAGGCGUUGGAACCUGAACCUGUUUGUUCAUGGGCUCAGGCUAAAGGUAUGCCAGUCUUCACAGCACACACCCUGGAAAAUGCCUCUGGUGGGAUGAGGAGCCAGGGGAGGCUUGUCUGUGACGUGCAGAAGGUGUGCAUGUUGGCCCCCAGGCCGGUGGGCCACGGAGCCCAGGUGUGGUCUCUGGCAGUGGCACAGUGGGCACUGGCGUAGCUGGGUGAGGGGGCAGGGUCGGGGCUGUGCUGAGCGUGACUCUGAAACUGUUGUGGAUGAUAGUAAUUUAUGCACAUGCUGUUCUGAGAAACUUUCCGUCCUGGGUUAAUGGUUUCCUUAUAAUGAACAGAAAUAAAUUCACGAGGGAUGGUGAGCUAAGGUGGGGUCAUGGGCCAAGGCCAGUGGCUGAGCUGAGUGAUGAGUGCUGAGCUACACCGUCUGUUGGACCCCGAUUAGAGCAGUGUCCCAGCAGAGACACUGACUGUCUCGGGUAAAAGUUGGAAGCCCCUUCAUCCUCAGAGUGCUGUCUUGGAGCCGGCGAGCACCCCUCUUGAGAGGAGAGAAGGGAUCCACGUCAGACCUGGCUGAGGGCGGGCACAACAGCCACUGGCUCCUGGGAGCUUCUGAUGAGUUCAGGCCGAGCAUCAAGAAGCCGCCUGGACGCCCUGCAGUGUCCCCUGUGCUUCAGGACAGGAGGCCUUGCCAGGUUCUCUCGGCGGGGGGGUCCGUGAGGACGGGACGUCCUCUCGUGGGAGGUGGGGGGCAGGCGAGCACAGGGCCUCUGCCCUUCAGGCAUCUUUCAGGGAUGAGACAGACGAGGUCCCUGCUCCUGUGCAGCUUAUAUUCUAUUAAUAGUAGAGGCUGGCCUUCAGUGAGUAUAAGCAGGUAAGAGCAAACACACUAAAAGAAAACCAGUGAUAAGGGUCACGGAAAAGGUGACACUGGGACCAUGCUGGUGGCAGGGUCAGGUCGGGGGAGGGUGACCUUCCUGAGGUGGCACCGUGAGCGGAGCCUGGGCAGCCCUGGGGGCAGAGUGGGGCCCUGAGCUUGCAUCACCCAGCCCCUGGUAGGUGCCUGCUUUCCCCUAAAGGACAGGAGGAACCCAUGACAGAGUCUAAGCAGGGGAAUAGGGUGAUCUGAUUCACAAGAUGUGGGGGGCUGUGUGGAGACUGGACUGUGGGGAGUUUCUGGGAGCGAGGAGACCAGUGGGCGGGUUUGCUUGUGUUCGGGGAAGGGCAGGCACAGGCGCUGCAGAACCAGAGUGGGUGGAGCUGAGGGAAAGCAGGGACCCAGGUGAGCCUGAGGCGUCUGGCGUCUGGGCAGGCGAGGGCCAUCGUGGGAGGGGGCACCCCCAUUGUGUGUGUUAGAGGGUCCCAGACUCUGAGAGUACCCCUAGUUAAGGUCAGUAAAUAUUUUAAGGGACCCACAGGCCAAAGAAGUAACAGUAUCAUUUUUAAAUAGUUAAAUCCAAACAGUUUAAGUACAGUAUUUAUAUCUUAACAACUUAUAAUAGAUAUUUGGAAAAUAAUGUAAACAUAAAUUUUUUUCAUUGCAUUUUUAAGUAACCGUAAUUACUUAGGAGUGGAACGUUUGCCUGUCAGGCUCUUCUUGAAUUUUGGAAUCAAACUGGACAUGGUUACCCUUGUUGCCUUUUCCGUAUUGACUUACACAGUAAUUGCCUUUUCAGUGACUGCCAGAAACCUAGCUUUGCAGACAUGAAACCACACAAAGCAAUGUCUCAAGAUGUCAUAUUGAAACGCUGGAGUGUUGGGAGAUGGUUAGCGUCACCGUUUUCCCCCAAAGUAAAAUGCAUCCCGCAGGUUCACCGCAGGCGCCUCCGUGCGCUUCUUGCCCCUGGGCCUGUGGACCUUUGUCUCCUGGGCCACUGCUGGUGUGCAAGUCACGCCCCUCCACCCCCAAGUUCUUGGGGGUGCUCACUGGGUGUUUUUUUUUUUUUUGCCUGCAUGUCUUAGCAUGCAAGGAUCAGACCAGGACCCUCUAUGUGGGGAGCGUGGAGUCUUAGCCACUACACCACCAGGGAAGUGGUGGUCUAGGAUAGGAUGAAGUUUUAAGAUGUGAGAUGAUGUUUUUGUUCUAUCUAUUGAUCCUUAAGACAAACUUAAGAGGAAAGCAGUGAUGGAUUUAUCCCCAUUUUAUUUAGAGUUGAAGAUAUUGAAGUUCAGAGUGGUUGAAGGUGCAGUGGGUGAGCCUGGACUGGGCCCCACACCUCUGACUCUUGGCUGGGCUCUUCCCGGGCUGAGCUGCCUGCCUCUCUUGUGGGCCUAACUGAGGCCCACUGGUGUGGCAGCAGAGUUGGGCACUUGGUGCAAGUGAGGCCAUAGUUGGGACCUUUUUUCUGGCAGGUUGGUGAGAGAGGGCACUCCUUGGCACGUAAGGGGCAGUGUUUGCUUGAUGAGGUGCCUGUGUCCCUGAAAACUGGGGGGGUCCAGGUACCCUCUGUGUGAGCCAUGGCUGUGCCACAUACUGGUUUAUUCCCAUGCUCCCCUCAAAGAUCUGCACCUGUGUGUCCAGGGAAGAAAUCAUGGAAGGAAGGCACCUGUUCUGGAUGCAUUGUUGGUCUUGGUUAGUGGUUAGAAUCUUGAUUUUGAUCCUCUUGCAGUCUUGGAGAUUUUAAACAGGAGAGUCAGCAAUCCAACCUUUGCAUAAGGCUACAGGGAGGCUCCUGGCAGCCUGAGGGCAAGGCCAUGAGACCUGCAUUGUAGAUGCCGAUUCAAGCUGACUAGCACUCCUGCUGAUGGCCAGAGCUGUCCAUCAGCAUGUUCUCAUUACUUCAGGGGGUUCUGGUCUUGGUUUACUUUCUGAGUUGUUUUUAAUCCCCUGUGUCCUCCUCCUUCAUGACACUUCUGUGAUUUUGACCUUGGUCCUUGAAGACUGCUCUUCUCAGGCUACUCCUGCUCCCUGAACCCCAGUUCCCUGUAGCCCUGCACACACACACCUCACACACCCGCCACAGCAAGGCCCUUCCAUUCCAGGGAGGGACCCAGGCUUCCUACUUGCAGAGCUGUUGUUGGAGACCACAGCCUCUCCCUAAUGGGGCAGAGCCCCCAUUGAUGGGGUGAUGGGCUGAAUAUGCCACCCUCCCUCCAAUACACCCAUGUCCUAAUCCCUGGAAACAUCACACAGCAAAAAAGGAUCUCAUGAUAUGGAGAUGGUCCCAGAUUAUCUGGGAGGACCCUACACUCACUCAACUACUUCUCUGAGGGGGAAGAAUUGACACAGAAGGCAAUGAACUGAUGCGGCCACAGCCAAGGACACCAGGAGCCUCCAGAAGCUGAAGAGGGUGGAAGGGCCUCCCAGAACCUCCAGAGGGUGUGCAGCCUGUGACACUUUGAUUUCAGCUCAGGGCAGUGAUUUGGAUCUCUGACCUCUGAAAUUAUUAGACAGUAAGUUUCUUACAGUUUUAAGCCAUCAAGUUUGUAGUGACUUGUUGCAACGGCCACAGGAAGUGAAUACAAAUGGGAAGGCAAAGGAUUCCAAGAAGAAAUGACUGGACCCAAGGCCUGACCCUGAUCUGCUGCCUGACUGUGUUCUUGUGACUUGCUCCUGUCACCUGCGCCUGGACACACAGGCUCUCCGUUGCUAGCAGUUAAGGUGGGCUCUGCAGCCCCUGCCCCUUCCUGAUGCCCACCGCCCUGAAGCCCCCACAGGGAAAGCUGGAGUUGGGAAGAGGGGUUUCUGAAACAGAGCCGCCGCCAUGGGCUCCAUUUGCAACAGGCACAGUUGAGCUUUGUGCUGGCACCAAGGUCACCUCAGAUCCUGCAGCUGGAGUGUUCCUGGGGCCCUGCCCUCGAGGGCACCUGCUCCCCAUCCCUGGGAGAGCAACGUGCAAAAGCCAGAGAGCCUUUGGCUGUGUUGAAUGACUUUUUAAAAUCAAGUGCAAAUAUCAUCAGGUGCUUUUUACAGAAGCAAGGACCUGUGCCUCUCAAAAUAAACACAUGCCAGUCACCCACCUGCUGAGAAAGGCGCACAGGCAGGGCUAUUGUUCCGUGUCCUCCAGGUGAUGCCCUGGGAAAGGGCACAGCUGCCUGAACCUUUAAAACCCCAGGUGGGACGAGCAUUCCUGUGCAGAGCUGCAGCAGCUCAGCACUUCGUGAGUAUUAUUUAAGCAGCCAAAGGAGAAAAUCGGUACUGAAGGAUACCAAUUCUUGGCAGAAUUCUUUGUGAAAGGUUUCAGCUGGGCUCAGGGAGGAAAGGGUGCCCGGUGUGCCGCCCCAGCCCACACGUGGCUCUCCCUCCUGCUCCAGGAUGAGGGGCACCAGGCUAACAGGGCUGCUGCUCGCCCUCGCUGGCUUGCUGCAGCUGGGCCUGUCCUUGAAGAUAGCUGCCUUCAACAUCCGCACCUUCGGGGAGACCAAGAUGUCCAAUGCCACGCUCUCCAGCUAUAUUGUGCGGAUCCUGCGUCGUUACGACAUCGCCCUCAUCCAGGAGGUCAGAGACAGCCACCUGGUGGCCGUGGGGAAGCUCCUGGACGAUCUCAACCAGGAUGACCCAAACUCCUACCACUACGUGGUCAGUGAGCCGCUGGGCCGCAACAGCUACAAGGAGCGCUACCUCUUUGUGUUCAGACCCAACAAGGUGUCCGUGCUGGACACCUACCAGUACGACGACGGCUGCGAGUCCUGCGGGAACGACAGCUUCAGCCGGGAGCCCGCUGUGGUCAAGUUCUCAUCCCCCUCCACCAAGGUCAAGGAAUUUGCCAUUGUUCCCCUGCACUCGGCCCCAUCAGAUGCAGUGGCUGAGAUUAAUUCUCUCUACGACGUCUAUCUGGAUGUCCAGCAGAAGUGGGACUUGAACGACAUCAUGUUGAUGGGCGAUUUCAACGCUGACUGCAGCUACGUGACCUCCUCGGAGUGGUCAUCCAUCCGCCUGCGCACGAGCUCUACCUUCCAGUGGCUGAUUCCUGACAGUGCUGACACCACGGCUACGUCCACAAACUGCGCCUAUGACAGGAUCGUAGUCGCAGGGUCUCUGCUCCAGAGUUCUGUGGUUCCUGGCUCGGCCACUACCUUUGACUUCCAAGCUGCAUACGGACUGAGCAACGAGAUGGCCCUGGCCAUCAGUGACCAUUACCCGGUGGAGGUGACACUGACGUAAGUCCAUUCUGGGGUCCACAACCUCUGCCCCACGCCAGGAGCUGAAGACGACAACUGACUUGUCACAGUUAAGAGCGGAGGGUGGAGCUUAAGGAACCCAGUGCCGUCCCUCCCCCUGUGCCCCCAACCACCCUGCAGCAGCUGGAAUUUGAGGCGAGGGAUGGAAGAUAGGCUUUUCCUCACCUGACCCACUUCCAUUGUUAAGUGUGGCAGCUGUGUCACCAGAGCGCCCCACUUCCUCAGUCUGGAAAGAAAGUCUAAAACUAAGAAAUGCCUUUUAAUUUAAAUAAAGCUCAAAAGGAGGUGUUGUCAUUUGCACA